AUGAGCUGGAUACGCCGAGGCAAGCUUCUCGGCCUCGCGUGCGCUCUUCCCGGGAUCCUCGGACUCCGGGUGCCCCUCCGCGCGCCAGCGAACCUCAACCUCCGCGGCGGUUCCGUCCUCAUGUCUUCCGCCAGCGACCAAGCCGCGCCCGUCGAGAAGUUCCGCAAGGAUUAUGCGCCGACGCCUUACGCCAUCAGCGAAAUUGAGCUCGACUUCUCACUGCACGACGGCGAGACGGCCGAGUCGCGCGCCACGACGGUCACGUCGCGCCUUCACGUCUCGCGCCGCCCCGGCGCCGACGCCGGCGCCAGCCUCGACCUCGACGGCGGCCACGCUUCCCGGAACCUUCGCGGAAUCUUCCGACAGCCGUCCUCGCGGAGCCGUCCUCGGGCGUCUGUAGGCGAGGACCUCGAGCUCGUCUCGCUGGCGGUGGACGGCGUCGAGCUCACGCCCGGCGGCGGCGCCUACGCCGUCGAAGGCGACGUCCUCUCGAUUGAUUCCUCGGCUCUGCCGGCGCUCACCCUCGCCAAGCCCUCCACCGCCACCGACGACAAUUACGAGCGCAUCGAGAGCGUGAUCGGGCCCUCUUGCCUCCACCAGCACGAGUACUUUCACAACUGGUCGGGCAACCGCGUGACGUGCCGCGACUGGUUCCAGCUCACCCUCAAGGAGUAA